AUGGAGCCCACAGCUCACAGCCAGCAAGAGGCAUCUACCCCUUCCCACACGGAGACAGCAGAAGACCUGGCCUUGAAGUUAAACGCUGCCGUGAGGAAUGGGAACGUGAAAGAAGUGCUGGAGCUGCUGGAGAAAGGGGCAGAGGUGAACUCCAAAGCAGGAGAUGGCUGGACACCGCUGCAGAGUGCCGUGCAAGCGAACGAUGAGGACCUGGUCCGGCUUCUGCUGGAUAGGGGUGCUUGUCCACAUGCCAGGAAGAACAAUGGUGGCACUGCAUUUACUGAAGCAGCAAUAGCGGGAAACGUGAAUAUCCUGGAGCUCCUCCUUGAUCGUGGGCUAGAUAUCAAUGACCAUGACAACAACGGCUUCACAGCUUUCAUGGAGGCGGCAUGGUAUGGGAACGAGGAAGCCCUCAGAUUCCUGUAUAGAAGUGGAGCAAAUGUGAAUUUGAGGAGGGAAGUUAGUGAGGAGAAAGCAAAACUCCAUAAAGGAGGAGCAACAGCACUGAUGGAUGCUUGUAAGAGGGGCCACUUCUCAGUUGUACAAACUCUUGUCCAAGAGAUGGGGGCUGAUGUGAACAUUUGUGACAAGAAAGAUAGGAAUGCCUUGAUCCAUGCCCUCAAGGAGGGUGGUUGUGCCAAUGAAAAAUACCAGUCUGCUGUGUCCAUAGUCCAUUUCCUGCUGGACAGUGGUGUCGAUGUGAGCAGCAAAGACGAAUGUGGGAAAACUGCCCUCAUCCUAGCUGCUGAAAUGCGGAGCCCAGAUUUGGUGAGAGCUUUGUUGGAGAAGGGUGAAAUAGAUAUUGAUGAUGCAGAUGAGGAGGGCAACACGGCACUGAUGGUGGCCGUAGAGAAAAAUGAUUACAAUAUAGCAAAGCUGUUGUGUGAAAAGGGAGCAAGGACUGAUGUGGGGAACCUUAUCGCUGUUGCGAAUAGGAACCGUGCUCACGACAUGGCACGUCUUCUUCGCGAGUAUAAUGCCAGGUUUGUUCCAGGAACUCUCAAAGACUGGGAGCCAAACAGCAAACGCUGGAGGGAGCAGCUGAAAAAUCUUUAUAAAACAUAUCGCCCUAUGAUUGGCAAACUGAAGACGUUUCAAUACAUCCAGCAGAGAAUUCAGAACACUUCCCAGGGUGGCAUCUACCUGGGCCUCCACGGUGGGACAGAGGUGGCAGUAAGAAUAAGCCGCAGUACAGAGGGUGACAAAGAGAAAACGUUUUUUGAACAAUGUGGUAAUUCUGAACAUCUACUGAAGCUCUUCCAGUUUGAGAAGGCAAGAGGCUACAUGUACUUGUGCUUCCCACUCUGGGAGAAAAACCUUGAAGAACAUCUGCAGGACCCAGAAGAGCAAAUGGAUUACAAAGAUGCUGUGAGGAUGAUCUUCCGGGCAGUGAGAGAGCUGCACUCCCUUGGGUUUGCUCACCAGGAUCUACAACCCAGCAACUUUGUCAUAGACUUAGGUGGCAAAAUUUACUUGGUGGACUUUGAUAAUAAGAGACAGUUGAUUGAAGGCAAAAAAGAACAUAUAAAUUCGGAUUUAGAGGCUCUCAGCAGGCUCGUGCUGUAUGUUUUAACAGGGGGUAAGAAACCCCUUCAGCAAGUCAGUCCCAAGGAUUUGUCUGCUGAUUCCCCGGAUUACAAGGAGGCUCUGGACCUUGUAAGCAGCCUGGUCUCUCAUGAUGAACGAGGUUUGGAAGGUUUGAGCAAACAUCCCUAUUUCUGGAGCAAACAGACCAGGUUUAAGUUCCUGAAGAGUAUAUGGAAUAAAAUCAAAGAUCUCAGCAACAGAAAAGCUGUCUUUCAAACUCCUAAUGCUACUGAAAGUUUUCCUUAUCCACGCUGGACCAAAAAGAUUGACAGAGUUGUUCUGAAUAUCAUGGAAAACCCUAAGGAAGGAGAAAGAUACAUGUAUCGCAACAAUGUCACUGACCUACUGAGGUUCAUCAGAAACCUGGAUGAACACCCGAAUAGCAG